AUGAACUUGAGGGUCGCGUCGGCUUGCACGAUGGAUCUCUACUCACUAGAUAAGUUUAAAACCUAUAAGAGUGAUUGGAAUUACCCCAUACACUUCCGUUACCAAGAACACAAGUCUUCAGCUAAGAAGGUCAAAAGUCCGGUCACCUUCCAACAAGCGAUCAAGGGGACGCUGAUCAUUGGACAAUGCUUUGGGUUGAUUCCCAUACUUGGAAUUGGCGGGGAUGAUCCUUCGAAACUUAGGCAAGUAUUGAUUAAAAUAUAUGGCAAACAUUUAUGGAACAUAUGCUUUUGUUGCAGGUUCAAAUACCUAUCAUGGCAUUUUGCGUACACUAUAGUAACAAUAAUAAGCCAGAUAGUUGUGACGUUACUGGUAUUAUUCAGUUUCUUUACAUAUUCCAAAUCACCUGUGGAAACUGCCAUCGACUUAAUAUUCUACUCGUUAGGGUUUACAACAACGAUCCUUUUUUUGCGAGUAGCGAAGCACUGGCCGAAGUUGAGUGCUCAAAUAUCUGAGAUCGAGGCAGCGGACCCAAACGCGGACACGAAAUUGAAAACAAAGUUUAAUGUUUGUUGUAUUGUCGUCUUGUUUCUGGCUUUUCUGGAGCACUUGUUCUCGGAGAUAUAUACUUCGUCCAUAGCUAUAGACUGCGAACCAGACGGUCCCUUCUACGAGACCUCACGAAAACACCGCUUCACUUGGCUGUUCUCCUUCUUUCCCUACAAUAAUUUUAUAGGAGUUUUGAUGCACUUCAUAAACAUUCAGUGCACGUUCAACUGGAACUAUUCCGACUUGUUUGUCAUUUGCAUGAGUAUUUAUGUGACUUCGAGACUUGAGCAGGUCAAUCAGCGUGUGCUUGCUGCUAAGGAUAAGAAUUCGCCAUGUUCUUUCUGGCGUACGAUACGCGAGGAUUAUAACAGAUCUGUCCACUUGGUCCGGCAAGUUGAUGACGUCAUCGGGGGGAUCGUCUUCACGUCGUUCGCGAGUAACUUGUUCUUCAUCUGCUCACAGCUGCUACACACGUUUUCAGGAGGUAUCAGCGCCACUCCGCGAUGCCGACCACAUCCUGCUGCCGAUUACAGAUUGUUCCGUGGCUACGAGAAUUCAAUAUACUUCGCGUAUUCCUUCAUUUUCCUGGUUGCGAGGGCCCUUGCCGUGUCCUUAACUGCAGCCAAAGUCCAUUCAGCAAGUUUAGAGCCGGCGUAUUCUUUGUAUGACGUGUCAUCCGCUACGUUUUGCGUCGAGAUAGAAAGGUUUCUGGACCAGAUACACGGGGAUACGGUGGCGCUCAGCGGACUUCAGUUCUUCAAUGUGAAGCGAGGAUUAGUUCUAACAAUAGCCGGCACUAUUGUGACUUAUGAACUGGUGUUGUUGCAGUUCGCCGGAGUCUCACCGGUAACGCCCGAGCCGAUUGAAAACAAUAUAGUUUAGUGUGGACUUAAAAGAUACAUUAAUAUUACGAAAUAGAACAACCAUUGUAGUUCGGCUAAGAAAAUUUGAAAAACUUUCUAUACUGUAAAAGAUAUGUAUAACAUUUUUUUUUGUUAUUCCAUUUGGAUGCUUGUCAGUUCAGUCAGUAGACAGUAUAGUGAACGUUGGCUAGUGUCACAAGAUACCAGCCAUCUGCGUGGGAAAUAUUUAGUUCACAACCGAUGCGGUAAGCGCCGAAAGGUGCCUUCAGUGUCCCCUUACUGUCAUACGGGUUAUGCAUGUUACCAAUCCGACCCGACCGGAGAAACACACCUUAUGGGAACAUACAUGCAUUCCGAAACUUAAAUAUAUCGUAAAAAUACCUGCUAAUACCACUACUAACAGAUCUUAUACUUCAGUUUAUCAAAAUAAUCUCGUAGUAGGACAUCUCUAAAUAUCAAAAUACGCAAUACUAUGGUAAUAAUAAUUAUCAAUUUAUGUAAUACAGUCAAUAUCUGUUUUAGUCCUCAAUAGAGCCAGAGUAACAGUUGAACUCGGGCCACAUUCCGUACCCGGGGGCUUAAUUUAGAAUAAUUGGAUGCCUAAAGGCUCUGUUAAAGACCAUUUUAGUAGCAGUUAUUCCUAAUAGUUUGUUUAAUUGCCUGACUUGGGACAAACAUUGUAUGGAGUAAUGUUAACUUAAUUGGUUAAUAAAUAUGUUGUAUCAUUGUGGUUGUUGUGUUUUUGUAUAUUAUUGUGUGGUUUCUUAU